AUGAAUGAAAUUUAUGAUUUGAUAAAUUUGUUAAGUCAGCAAUACUUUGUAUCGGAAAAUGGUCAGAGAUUUUUUAACGCGUUUCAACAAAAUCCAUUUCAAAAUUAUUAUCAAACUCAACAACCGCAGCCGCAACAACAACAACAGCAGGCAUUGCAACCGCAGAGAACCAUAACGUUUCCUCCGCAGGGACACUAUCAAACUCAAGAUGUGAGAGCAUCGGAAAUUCCUUUGCAGUACCAACAACAUCAACAACAGUUGCCUCAAUAUCAUCAAUUUAAUGUGCCUCCACAAUAUUCUGGGUUUCUACCGAUUCAACAACCGCAAACAUCAACACCCGUUCCUCCGACGACCCUACACGGCUUACAACCUUUUCAACAUGUUUUUACCCAGGAUAAAAAUUUCGUUCAACCUCCGGGUACGGUGAGACCUCAAUUUUUCGUGGACCAAUUUGGAAUUCAACAUUCCGCCGUUCAAAAUAACGUUCCGACGGAUUUAUUAAGAACUUCGGCACGUCAAAAGGAAACAAUAAAACCUCCAACUAUUGUCGGUGGUAAAUUUCCAGUCAUUGCUCAGGAACCUUAUCCGAAUGGAUAUAAUAACAAUGGCGGCGGAAUUCAAGUCGUUCCUUCCAAGGAAAUCUCGUCGAAUAAUGUUAAAAACGAAGGAAGCCGAGCUCAAUUUGGUAUUCGGGGUAAUAAAAUAAAUGAGUUUUCCGAUCAAAGUUUUAAUACGAAACAAACACCGUACAAAAUCGAUAGAAAUAGAUUUGUCGAAAUUCCUGAAGAGGCUUAUUCGAGAGGAGAAUCGAUAAGACCGCAUUUGAGCGAUUUUGAAAACGAUUAUUCGAAAACUUCGAAACAGUUUUUAAAAGAAACGGUAACGGUUCCGAGGAAACCAGUUCAAACGACGAAACCACCCCAAGUGGUAAAUGAUAUGUCUAAUGUUAAACUUAAAGUACCCUUCGAAGAUGACGUAAAACCUAUAAAAGCCAUUAAAAAAAUUGAUCCCAAGGAAAAUGUGCCAACAGUCAGUGAAAAACCUAAAGAAACAGGAACAACAAUAAAAAAUGGACAUUCGAAUGGACAAGCAUUAGGAGUACAUUCGUUAAGAGAAUAUUCUAAUGUUGUGACUCCGCCGACUCCGAAAAAUGUUUUACCACCUAAAGAAGAACCAGAAGAUGAUUAUACGGAAGAAGAAUACGAUUCUGAAGAAGGAUUAGAAGAUUAUGAAGAAUAUUCAGAAGAAGAAGACGAAGAACCUUCCGAAGAAAGUUUAACUAAUAAAUCAAAAGAAAAAAAUCGUGGGGCUAAUGAGGAAGAAGAAGAAGAAGAAGACGACGAAGAAGGUGAAGAAGAAGAAGAUUCCGAGGAGGAAGAAGUCGAUGAUGAUGAUGAUGAUGAUGGAAAAGAAAUUUCAAAAAAAUUACCCGAAUCUCCAACGAAAUCGAUAAAAUCACCUGAGCCUUCCCUCGUCAAAGGACUUCAUGAAUCUGUUGAACCCCCUAAAAAUUCUCAUAAAAUAUUAGAAUCGACGGAAGAAUCAGUUACCAAAUUGCCAGAAACUACAAAACAACAAUCAGAAAAAUCAUCGGAAAAUUCUGAAGAAGAUGAAAAACCAACGGAACCACCUAAACCACCUCGUCCCGUUCAUCAUCAUAAUUUUUUCAAAACUCCAAGAAUUCCUGGUUCUCCUAUUUCUAAAACGUAUCCGAGUAACAACCUUCGACCUUUUAAACAUUAUAAUCUUAAUUCUAAUAAUUCGAAAAAAGAUGAUAAAAUUCCGUCGAAAACGGAAACUGAAACCACGACAACAUCUGGAGAUGGUAAGAGUGAUCAGUUGUCGACUCCAAAAGGUUCAUCAGAACCUACUGAAAGUUGGGUAAUUGUUGCAUCGGUUCAAACAAGCAGAAGCGUAUCCGGUGCAAGAUUCUUACCAUCGGGUAUUGUAACACAGAAAGAAAGAAAUGAAACGUUGGUAAGCAACGAUACAAAAGAUGAAGAUACCGGAAAAAGAAAACAAUUUUCUCCAUCGAAAUUUUCACCUAAAACAAAUAAAUAUACGACUCCGAAAUCCAUUACUACCGUUAUUGAAACAACAAAAAUUGCUUCAACGAGUGAAACUACAACACCUACCCCUGUUACCACUAAAACUUCCGCCCCUUCAUCCCCUUCAUCUACGUCAUCCCUAUCAACUUUAGCAACAUCGUCUACAGCAUCAUCUACGACAGCGUCAUUAUCAACAACGACGGUGGUAGCGCCUUCUGUUAAAAACGUGACUACUGUUAAUGUUACGUCAGCAUCUUCGACAACACCUUCCACCGUGACUACGGUAACUUCAACAACAACUUCACCGUCAACCGAGAGUAUUAAUGACAAACUCGAUAGAGUUCAAUCCGAAUUAUCGAUUGACAUUUUAUCGGGGAAUUUUCCUAAACAAGACCAAGUUUUAACAACUCCAGAGGUUAAUAAAACAACAAUUACAACAACGACGACGACGACGACAAGCACAACAUUAAGCACUCCUACAACCACAGAAGAAGAAGAAUCAGAUGAUGAUUCUACACCUUUCUUGGUCAGAAAAUUUUCACCGUCGGGAAAAAGAACGACGACAACUGCAAAACCGAAUAAGAAACUUAAUUCACUCAUGGAAAGUUUACAUUUUGAUGAUUUAACUGGAUUGUUACCUGCUGGGUUUAAACCUAGAGGACAAUUUAGCAGAAAAAGCACGACCGAAGCAGGAAGUAAAACAACCGAAAAGCCAGAGCCGAGAACAACCACACGUAAAAUUAAUUUCAAACCUAAAUUUGGUCGAAACAAAACCGAAGGAGCAACCACACCAACUAGUGCUACUACCACUGUAACAACAACCACUACAACCACUACUGCUCUACCUAUAAGUUUGGCAAGUUUGGGAAAAGUUAAAUUUCAAGAAGACAUUUCAUCUUUGUUGCCAAAGGAUUACAAAGGAAAACCAGAAGACAAAUCACCCACAACCUCCGCGAAAACUGUUGUCACUACAACAUCAACAACAACAAUCAAACCGGAAAUCAAAUCUAAAGAUCUUUCAAGUUUAUUGGGUAAAAUUAAAUUCCAAGACCCAACAAAUCUUCUUCCACCAGGUUUUAAUCAAACUAUGGUAGAUAAAAAACCGGAAACAUCGACCAACGCAUCAAAAGGAUUAGAAAGUGUUUUCUCAAAUGUAAAACAAGUUGACGUGAACGCUUUUCUUCCACCUGGUUUUACAUUAGGUUCUUCGACAACCGUUCCAACUACAAAAGUAUCGACGACAGAACACCAAAAAGGUCCCGUUUUUCCAACUCGAGCGGGAGGCGUAACGAGAAAACCAUUUGGUCAUCAAACUACAGAGAAACCAGCCGCCGCACUUUUACCGGAAAUUCCAAAAAUACAAAAAGGAUGGCCUCAAAGAGCGACAACUGCAUUCACCGGUUGGCCAACACCAUCGACGACACCAAUUUCCAUCGAAAAACUAUUAGAGUUGGCCAAAUUAGCAACGAGCGAAUCAUCGUCUACGCAAGAAGUAACAACAAGCACGACGACGACGACAACAACGACCACAACAACAACAACAACUCCAAAACCGACGACACCUGGAAUAUGUACCGAAGAUUGCGAACUUGCUGGUACCGUCAAAUUGGUUGAAGGUGUUAAAUGGGUACCAGAACUUUUAGAUCGUAAUACAAAAGAAUGGCAAGAUUUAGCCAACGAAGUUUUAAAUGAGUUGGACUAUUUUUAUAGAAACUCCGAAGAACUUAAACAUUUAUACAAAGGAAUCCGAAUCGAUUCUUUUAGUCCAGGAAGCGUUUUAGUCGAUUACUUUGUAGAAUUAGCAGAUCCCGAAGGUGAAAUAAGCACUCAAGAAAUAAAAAAAUUAUUCAAUCAAGGUUUGACCGAAGAAUCACCUGAAAAUGAAAGAAAUCAAAAAAGUUUGGAACUCGAUGAAAAUCGAACGGAUGUUGAUAGCAGAAGAGAAGGGAAAACACUUAAAUUGGGUAAAUUUUCCGUUGAUCCAAAGUACACGGAUUUUGUUGUCGUGCAGAAACAAAUGUACCCAUCGGUUAGCUUCGCAGAAGAUGAUACAUUCCUUCCUCAAUGGGCUAUAGCCGUUAUAGUAAUCGGUUUAGCUUCUCUUCUAUUCGUUAUAAUAUUUGGAGUCACUGUGCUUGUCAAUCGUCAUAAGAAUAAUAAGAAGAAAACUCCGACACCAUUAACGGAAGAAAUAAUUAACGAAAUGAACAAACAACAGCACAUCGGUGGUUUCGAUAAUUACGGUGCUGAUGAUUUAUACGGUAUGGACGACGUUUGGAACGAUUCCGGUUACGAAAAACCCCCGAAAAAGAGAUCUCACGGAUCUUAUGCCGAUAAUAGCAUGACCAAUCUCUACGACAGCUGGAGAUCCGACUGGAAUGGUUAUUAUUACAAUUCGUAUUAUGGAGGAAGUGCUAGCGGUUAUGGAGUCAUAGGUGGAGGAAGAAGAAGAUCCGAUUACGAUACAAAUUUCUGA